UCAUCGUUAUCUUUUGUCUCUUACACGAUAUAUUCAUAAAUAUUUCUUUAUAUUUAAUCAAAAUGAUGCAACAAUGAAAACAAACUUUUCUAACGGAAAAUGCGAGAACGAUAGAAAAUGAUAUCAUUUCUUUAAAUUUGUUAUUGAUUUAGAGAAGUGAUGGAUUAUAAAAUAGAAAUCAAUUAGAUUCUCGUGUUUUUUAUUUUAAAUAAAUCACUGAAAAUCUGUCGUAAUUAAUAAUGCAAUUAAAGAUAGAAGAAACUCGAAGUUUUCUAUCGUCAUGAAAGAAAACUCUUCGUUGUAUUGACAAUACGUAAUGUUGAACGUUAAUCUCUAAGCAUAAUUCUACUAAUCGUAGAAGACGCAUUGCGCUUAAUGUAUUCUUGUUGCACGCGUACUGCACGCGUCGCCCGGCCGCCAGGGGGAUCAAACUCCGUGAAUUUUAAGGCGACUGAGUUGUAGGCCGGUAUUCAUAGUCCAUUCUUAUAUUUAGGAUUAUCUCAAGCACGUUCUUAAGAUGCCAUCUAGAUUCAUAGUCAUAAACUAAGAUUUCCUUAAGCAUUGUCUUAAGCUUUACCUUCAUGAAGAUAAUCUUAUUCUAUUAUGAUUCAUAGUAACUUCUUAAGUCUAUCUUAAAACUAGUUAGAUUCAUAAUCAAAUAAGGCGGUCUUAUUUGAAUGGAAUAAGACUAUAUUUAAUAGAAAGUAAGGUUAGAUUUUCAAGUCAACGUCGUACAUGACUUAAGAUAAUCUUAUUUUUGUAAAUAGAUUAUUAAAUAUAAUAAAUGGAGUUAAUAGGACAAAUUAGUGAUAUUGAAGAUAUCGAAGAUGAUUUUGAAAAUGUGGAACGUGUACGAAUACGAAAACGAUACAUUCGCGAUGGACAAAACCCUUUUGAAUUCUACAAUAAUUUACAAUUUAAAAAACGCUAUAGAUUUGAUAAAGAUUCCAUUCUAUAUGGUAUAUUACCAAAAAUUGAAGAAGGAUUAGCAAAAAUUAAUAAUCGUGGUCUGCCGAUUUCACCAGUAAUACAAUUGUUAAUAUGUUUAAGAUAUUAUGCAACUGCAAGUUUUCAGCUUCUUCUCGGUGAUAUAAUGACCGUUUCGCAAUCAACUACAUCAAGAAUCGUUUUUCGUAAGCUUAUUAAUUGCCAGCUUGCUUAAGGAGUAUAUAAAAAUGCCACAGGAUCAAGAAAUGCGAAAUGAAAAUCGACGAUUAUUUAAUAAUCUUGGAAAGGGAAAUGGAGCUAUUGGUCUCCCUGGCGUGGAUGGUGCUAUUGAUUGUACCCAUGUAAGAUUAGUGGAUACAAGAUUUCAAAAUAUAAGUGAAAUCUAUAGAAAUAGAAAGGGAUAUUUUUCACUUAAUGUGCAAGUAUGCAUUAUUUUUUGUACUAUUUUUUGUUUAUUUUUGAUAAUACAUUUUUUUAUGAAUAAUAUAUGUAUUUUACAGACUGUUGUUGGGCCCAGGAUGGAAUUUUUGGACAUUGUACCAGAGUGGCCUGGUAGCGCACAUGAUAGCCGAAUAUUUCAAAAUUCUUUAUUAUGCAUACGAUACAUCGAAAAUCAGUUAGAUGGUGGUAUACUUGUUGGUGACAGAGGAUAUCCAUGUUUACCAUUUUUAAUGACACCAAUACCAAAUCCUAGAACCGAUGAAGAAAUGAGUUACAACGAUAUACAAUGUAGGACAAGACUAAUAGUAGAAAGAACUUACGGCGUAUGGAAAAGACGAUUUCCUUGCCUAUCACGAGGACUAACAACAAAACUUAUUACGUCUACAACGAUUGUUGUAGCAUGUGCUGUAUUACACAAUAUGUCGUUAAUUUUUAAUGAUGUGUUACCGGACGAUGAUGAACUCUAUGAUUAUGAAGAAGUACCUGUACAUGAACCUAAUAAUAAUGCAAUAGAUGGAUUUGCUGCUCGCGAAGCAAUGAUUACUCGUAUGUUUAACUGAUGUUAUGUAUUAUAUAUCUACAUAUUAAUAAAAUGGUUACAUAAACUAAAUAUAAAAUUCGACAGUUUUAUGAGAAAGAAAAAAUAAAUUUUGUACAAUCAAAUAAA